AUGAUGCGCAAGGUAUUCACGUCCCGGGCCGCGCUGCGCAGCAGCCGCGCGCUGUCUACGAGCGCCCGAAGCCGCGUCAAGAUCAUCGGCUCGGAUGAGGCGUACACGCAGAUCGCUACGGAGGGAACGGGCCGCAAGGCGAUCGUGUACUUCACGGCCAAGUGGUGCCCGCCAUGCAAGAUGAUCGGACCCAUCUACGACGAGCUGAGUGCCAAGUACGAAGGCAUUGACUUCGCCAAGCUGGACGUGGACGAGCUGAACGACACGACCUCCAAGGCUGGCGUCCGCUCGAUGCCUACGUUCUUCUACUUCAUGGAUGGCAAGUUCCAGCAGUCGCUCUCGUUUUCCGGCGCGGACGAGGAGCUUCUGCGCAACAACGUGAAGCAGCUGAACGACCUGUGA